UUCCGGCACGAGCGGCUGGCAAGGCACUUCCGGUGCCUGUUGCUAAGGCGCCGGCCGGCCGGCGGGCCGAGAGGGCGACAUUGGUGGCGUCGUCCUCUGCCCCCUUCCCCGGGGGCGAGAUGUCUGGGCUCAGCCACUUAGAGACGGAGGGCUGCCGUCACCUGCUCGGCCUGCUGGACGACGACGAGAUCAUGGCCCUGUGCGACACCGUCACCAACCGCCUGGUGCAGCCUGUGGACCGCCAAGAUGCUAUUCAUGCAAUACUAGUUUAUAGCCAAAAUGUAGAAGAACUUCUGAGGCGCAAAAAAGUCCACCGAGAAGUCAUAUUUAAGUACUUGGCAACACAAGGGGUGGUUGUACCGCCAACUACUGAAAAGCACAAUCUUAUUCAGUAUGCAAAAGAUUAUUGGGAAAAACAGUCACCAAAACUGAAGGAGACAGCAGAACCAGCUACGAAGACAGAGGACAUCCAGCUCUUUGACCAGCAGGCAAAAGAAGAGCAAAACGCUGAAAAGGUUGAUUUCCGUCGCUUGGGAGAAGAAUUCUGCAACUGGUUCUUUGAACUUCUUAAUUCUCAGAAUCCUUUUCUGGGACCACCUCAAGAGGAAUGGGGCCCACAGCACUUCUGGCAUGAUGUCAAGCUUAGGUUUUAUUAUAGCACCUCAGAACAAAACGUGAUAGACUACCAAGGAGCAGAAAUUGUGAGCCUUCGUUUACUGUCAUUAGUGAAAGAGGAAUUUCUUUUUCUCAGUCCCAACCUUGAUUCUCAAGGACUAAAAUGUGCUUCUUCUCCUCAUGGAUUAGUUAUGGUCGGAGUUGCAGGGACUGUCCACAGAGGAAAUACUUGCUUGGGCAUAUUUGAACAAAUUUUUGGACUUAUCCGUAGCCCUUUUGUGGAAAAUACUUGGAAAAUCAAAUUUAUCAACCUGAGAAUUGUUGGAGGAAGUUCCCUUUCUCCUGGAACAUCCCUGAAACCAGCUGUUACAUUUGAACAGAGUGAUCUGGAGGCCUUCUAUAAUGUAAUCACUUUGUGUAAUAACCCCAGUAGUGGGACUGGAGACCAGGUUUUAUGUAGUGGAGAUGAGGCAUUGUUGAACAAAAGGGAACAGAAUUUGCCUAAUCCUCUAAAGCCCUGAGCAUUGUAUUGUCAGCCCAAAGUAGCUGCAGAAACUUUCCAGCACAAUACUGAUCAUCUCUAAGUGACUGCAGAUGUGAGGAUUGACAUAUUUUAGCUGAAAUACAUUUUUGGACUGGAGACUAAUGUGAAUACUUGCCUAUUUCUACUCAAGUUAGAGCAAAUGUUCUGAGAACUUAUUGUGGUCCAGCAAAUAAAUCCCACUUUAGAUGUUGUA